AUGCUCCUGUCCCGCGACUGGCCCCUUCUCGGUCUGCUCUUUGCCCGCACGUCCGCAGGCAGUGUCGAGGUACGCGUCGCCACGCAGCUCGCCGUGCCGCCAGCUGACGCACGCGCCGCGUGGCUUGACUAUGCGUGGGCUCGCGGCGGCGGCUUGCCCGGCACGGCGACGCUGCUCGAGGACGGCGGCCAAUCGCGCACGCUGCUACCGGUGUUUCUCAAGGAGCGCCUCGUGGCCACACAGGCCGAGUCUGAGAUCGGCUACUCCGUAACGGAUGCAGGGCCCGCGCUCGCGGACGUGGUUCCCGGUUCGCACUCUGCGGUCGUGUCCUUCUCGCCUCGCCGCGACGGCACAGAGAUGGUCUGGGAGGUUGAGUUCGAGACGCGUGCGCGGCGCGACUUUUGGGCGGCCUUCACGCGAACGAGCGUCGGGGAGGUCUCCUCGAACCUCGCCUCCUUCGUCCAGCCGGAGAGAGAGUUCACGCUCUCAGCGCGCCUUGUCGGCUCGCCGGAGGCGGCGGUCGGCGCGUGGCUGCAGUGCCUCGACGACGGCGACCUAGGCGUGCCGAUGCCGCCGCCUGUGGUCGUGAGCAGAGGCGACGAGAGCAGGGCGGGCUACGAGCGGCUCAUCCUCCCUCCGGGGCUGCGCGAGAGGGUGACUCGUGUGGAGAGGACGGCCCUCGAGUACACGGUAUUGAACCCCGCCUGGCGCACCUGCUAUCCGGCCCACACGCACCGCGGCGAGGUCGCCUUUGCGCCGUGCGAAGACGCCGGCGGCGGUGCGUGCACGAGGAUGGUCUGGAGGGUGUGCGUGCGCCCGCAGCGUUACGGCCGGUGGGCGGUCGAGCUGCUCACGACCCUGAUCGUCCCCGCCUUUGCACGCAACUUGGCUGCGCGCCGCGCAAGCGACGAGGGCCGGGAGGUGGACGCGGGCGUGGAGUGGUGUUGGAGCUGA